AACGUCAUUUUGUUCAUUCGUUCGUAUUUCGCUACAAAUGUCAGAUGCUCGAAAGGGCGAGGGAGGCGAAUUAGUGAUAUUGUUAACUUUUAUGUGCUGAUAUCUUCGUACAAAUAAAUAUUAACAUUUGUUAUUGUAACAAUGUUAUCAGCGGUGCUUAGAGAUGGGGCGUAUGCUUGUCAAAUGCGCUCACUCCUGUGUAUGUAAUGCCUAGGCAGUCGUUUUAGUUUGGGUGUUAAUAAUUGUUUUUUGUACAUUUUCGGGAUGUUGAAGUUCAAAAAAAUGGGUUCCGAUAAAGUACCACUGCUGCUUGUGACUGCCAACGUUGGAUCAAUAUUUGAGGACCCAUCAGUGAUGCUACCGAUAUGGACUGCCGAGUUCCUCCAAGCAGUAGCUCGGAUGGAUCCCAAGUUUAUUGCACUGCAUCUUCAAGAGGUCGGCGGCAAAGCAUAUGAGAAAUCCAUGCAAUAUGUCAAAGACUUUGUGCAGAGACUCUGUGACAGUCCAGAGCUGCGGCUAUAUGACAAGAUCCGAAUAUUCUUGGACGAGGAUUUCAGCUCUCCAGAAAAAUUUACGGCUCUCGGCAAUAUGUACUUCGCUCAUUCCACACUGACUGAUCUCAAGAUCUGGGACUUCGAACUGAAGUCGUACGUAGACGUGGUCAGCAAGGAGGUCAACAGCGGCAACAUCGAGAAGGUGACCACCAAGGAGAAGGCAAAGUUCCCUCAGCAUUUCUUCCCUGAGUGCAAGUGGUCUCGCAAGGGCUUUUUGCGCACGCGGUGGUCGAUCCGAAGCACGGCGGUGGAGUUCGUCAACAUACAUCUGUUCCACGACGCUUCCAACCUGGUCGCGAUGGAGCCUUUUCCAUCUGUGUACUGCCGCAGUCGACGGCGAGCACUCCGUCACACGCUACGUCAUUUGACCGCGGACGCGAGCGCGCCGCCUUUCUUCAUAUUCGGGGACUUCAACUUUAGAACCGACACCGGCGCCGUUGUUAAGAAAGUGACAGAUGAACUGAACGCGUGUCGCGUGCAAAACGGCGCGAACGUAGAGUCGUCCAAGCUGCAGUACCGCGCCAAGGCGGACGAGCGCACCGUGCUGACGGUCGGCAAGAAGGAGUUCGCGCACGCCGACCAUCAGAAGAUCUUCAGAGAGCCGUGGCUGCAGAAAUUCGAUCGUGAGCUAGAAGCCUUCAAGCCAAAUCUAUACGAGUUUCCUGUCAAGUUUCCUCCCAGUUACCCCUUCGAAGAAGAUGUUCAUUUGCCCACACAUUAUAUGAAGACUAGAUGUCCCGCGUGGUGUGACCGGGUGUUCCUGUCACAGUCGGCGCGGCUUUUGAUACAGCAGGGCGAUGCGCGCACUGGAGACAACAGGCAUCACAGCUCUAGGAAAUCCAUGGCAGAUUCUACAGAUAGUGGCAGUGGAAGGGUGUCAUCGUCAGACAGCAGCCCGGCCAGGUCGGGUUCGCCUGCUAGACAGAAUAAUCAGCAAUGGAGUCCCAGUAAAACGCUGGAGAAGAAAAGCAGUGCAGCAGAGUUGGACGUCUUGAAUGUUCCCGGCAUACAAGUCAGCAGGAAGAGUAUCGCCGACCCCACCAACUUGCAGCAAGCCAUCAACGCUAGGGUGUCGGACUCGGAAGUUUCGCCGGGACGUCGUAAACUGGUCCGCAAUCAGUCGGAAGGUUCGCCGAAAUCCGGCGAAACGUCCGCCGAAUUACGACGGUUGGUCGACGCGCCCGCGAGACGACGGAGCGAGUACGGUGUUAUAGGAGACGCGGCUUGUAUGGGUGACCAUAAGCCGAUAUAUCUACGAGUGAUGCUGCAAAGCGAUAGAGGUAAACCCCUCCCGCGCCUUCGCCGCCUUCCCACAGACCCCGACUUGUACGCGAACAAACUCACGAUUAACCACCUAGAACACACCACAGACCACCCAUACAAACUGUUGCCCGAUGUCACCAACAAACGUACUAGGACUGGUUCGCUCAACGAAAAGAUGUUACGCAUUCCGUACGUCGAAAUCACUAGUGCUGCCACAAAUGCCGACGUCAUAUUCGUGAACGAUAUCGAUACAUCGUUGUUGAGUCCGAAACGGUUCUCCGAUCCGUAUACACCAGAGAGUGUCGAGUCGCACACACCGAAUGCCGAUGCCUCGGGAUCGGGUAACACUGAGGUUAUCGACGAUGCGAACGUCACUAGUUUGACGCGUGACAGGAGUGUAUCUCCGUCUCAGUUGAAGACGCGGUUGGAUAUGUUGUUGAAUAGGGACGGGAAUAGCGAUAGGGUUGUGCCGUUGCAGAGGUUGGACAGUAGGGAGUCGUGCAAGUCGGGCGGCAGCAGGAAGGGUGGUUUGUGUUGUUUGGCGUUGAAGUGCUACGGGUUCUGUAGGAGUCGUGCGCGCAAAGUGAACUGUGGCUGUACUGGCUUGAAGUGUUGCACCUCGUGAUGUUUGAACGUUUGUCGUGUUUUACAGUGGAAUUCAUAGACGUUAUAGGGGCACCCCUAGGGGAUUGUUUGAGAAUUUGACACUCAGCCGGUGAAUGAUCACCUAGGAAUGAGUCUACAACGUCUAUGAAUGCCACUGUUGGACGUAUACAGUGGCGUGCACUGGACUUGUAACUAUAGUAAGCGCACGUACAAAUUGUACAAAAUGGAAAAUCACGUUGACAAUGAAUCCGGGGAUAGGCAGUGCAUUUUGCAUAUAUGUAGUGCACGCCACUGUUUACAAAACAAGGACAGCUAAUAUUGAUGAGAUAAAGACAAACUAUUGUUUGUCUAAUAAUGACUAAAAAUCGUUUUAAAUUACGGGUUUAAAUUUAUUUACACUAGUGUGGAAUGUAGGUCAUUGUUUAACAGUGAAAACAGUAAGAAAUGAUGAUCUUAGAUAAUUUAUCGAAGUACACAUAUUUACUAAAAAAAUUGCGGUGUCUUUUAACUUGAAUACCUGUAAUAAAGGGUUAAGUUGAACUUACUUUAAUAUGCAUUUAAUUAUUACUUGGAAUAAUUAUUAAUAUUGCUGUCCUUCUUUCACUGCUUAAAAAUGCAUUUUUUUUUAUUUUUAAUCGUAAUUCGCACAAUAAGUUUAGUCGACUUAAUUAUACAAUGUAUUUUUGUAUAAUAAUUAAUUAUAAUUAUUUAACAUAGACUAGUAUGUUUUAUUUUAUUUUUGUUUUUAUAAUAAUAGUUAGAUUUAAUUAAAUAUAAUCAAAUCUAAUUAUUAUUUUAUUUGUGUUUAGAAUGACAACAAAAACAAUAAAUGAAGUGAUUACACUUUACUCAUCAUUUUGUAGUUCACAUCACAUUUAAUUGAUUUAUUUUGUUAUUAGUUUAUUUUGCUAUUUCACCCAAUGAUGUGCAAAAUACCCACAACUCAAUAUACAAAAAUAUGUUCAAAUUUCACAUAAUAAUGUAUAACAACAAUGCAAAUUAUAUUCUACUAUGAAUCGCAAUAUUAUAAUUAAAUAAGUCAAACAAAUUGUAUUUUUAACGAAAUUUAACGACUUUGAACCUCAUUAAACGAAUAUAAACAUUUUCUUAUUUUGAUAAUUGCGAUAAUUUUAUGACUUUUUGAAAACUUUUGAAUGACUUUGAAUUUUUUUUUGACUGCGCGUAUAAUACGUACCUCUAUAAUUAUUAAAUGUAAGAGAAAGUUUUGUCGUCCCUCGUGAUUAUUCGGGCUUUCCUGAUCAAAGUUCAUAUUAAAAAAAAAAUCACCAGUACCAAAUUUUUGGAAACCAUUUUUGACAUAUUCGAGUCCUCUCAAAGGCUGGCAGCAAAGGCGUACCGCCAAGCGAUUUAGCGUUCCGGUACGCUGUCAUGAACAGAAACCAAAAAUGGUGUGGAAUUACAAGUUAGCACGCUUCCAUAUUAGAUUGCGUCAUCACUUACCAUCAGAUGAGAUUGUAGUCAACUUGUAAAGAAUGAAAAAAAAAUUUAUAGCCGUAAGGAAUAAUGACGGUGAAAACGACAAAGCUUUAACUUACCCAAUAGUUUUUUGCUAAUUAUUAUUCUAGACUUACCAAUCACUUUUUGACGCUUACUUGAUUUAGAUAAAUGAUUUGUAGUUGUAGCAUGUUUAUUAUUUACCAUCGACCUCCUAUUAAAAAGUGGAUGCACAAUCAGCGACCAAAAAACAUCCCCACUCAAUGAGUGCCAAACACAACUUCUUGGCACUCAAUUGAAGUAGUCGCAUUUGCAAAUUCAACCUUAAACUCAAUCCUUAAAGUUGAAUUUGCUCUGAAUUUGGAAUUUUAUUGAAUAUUGGACUAUAUUUAAAGGCCUUUAGGAUUAUUUUCUUUACAAAUAAUUCUACAAAAGCAAAAUUGGCCAGUUUUUAAGUGAAAUUUUUCACAUGAUUGUGCGUCCUUUUAUUAUAAUAGGUCUAUGUUUACCCGUAGUAUUUUAUUGAAUAUUGGACUAUAUUUAAAGGCCUUUAGGUUUAAUUUUCUUUACCAAUAAUUGUAAAAAGCAAAAUUGGCCAGUUUUUAAGUGAAAUUUUUCACAUGAUUGUGCGUCCUUUUAUUAUAUGAGGUCAAUGUUUACCCAUAGUAUUACAAUUAUAUUUAAAUAAUAUUACUUAAUGUUUAGUAGAUGUAGUUCAUAGAAUAUUAGUGUAAAGAAAAGGUAACAAAGUUCUAUUACCAUUGUUUUUACGAUUUAACAUUAAUGUAACGCAUGCAUUUCAUGUUGCAAUAUUAAAAUUAAUUAAAGUACGUGUGGGAAGUCUGGCAAAUAACUUAAAUUUAUAUUGUUACUAAUGAAAAUACCUAUCUAAAAGAACCACCAUUGAUUUCUUGUCGGGUUUUUAAUAAUAUCUAUCUUAGAAACCGAUAGUAGAGUUAUUACAAAUAGCUCAAAACUUAACGCUUUAAGUGCUUGUAAAGUAAGCUUAAUUGAUUUGGUUAAUUGUAUUAUUAAUGAAACUAAAUUAAUUUUAUAACAGUUUAGUGGUGUAACUACAAAGAACUAUUUUGGUUGUGAUACACCAAAAUAGUUCCUUGUAGGUACUUACUACAAAGUACAAUCAAAAACAUUAAUUUUUAUCAUCGCUAAACAAAACUACAAAAUUUAGUGCUUUUACAAAAUCAAUUACCUACACUGAAACUGAUUUAUAAACGUGACAAUCAUUAUUCAAGGUAUUUGCCUAGAUUUAUAAUGACUUAUUUAAUUACUAUUAAACUACUAGCCUUUUUAAUUUUUAUACUUUAUAAUGUAACCUAUACACAUGGAUAGCUCUACUAGUCUAUGGCACAGUUGUUUAUUGUAUAAUUUAUUUAUUUAACAUAUUAAAAUGAAAAUGUUAUGUUGCUUCUACACGAUGGUCAAUCGAGGUCCGAGUCUCAGAGGAGACGCCCUUAGAGAGUCGUUUUGACCUCGCUUACUGCUUCUAACUUCGGGCCCCAUCAGGUAAUGCUUCUAAACCCCUGGUGACGCCCAAAACGAUCGAAAAACCGACAAGGAUCUCAAAAUCAUCGACAUUAUGGUCCAUCAUAGUAGGCCUCAGAUGGAUUAUAUAUAGACUUGCCUCACUAGUCAGUCACCACUCUGUCAAUGAUCAAGUAUCAAGGAGCUAACGCAUUUUUAAAAACUGUUGUAUAGUAUCGAUGUUUCAUUGUUAUGAUCGUUUUCGUUGUGCAAAAAGCUCCCUAAAAAUUUUGGUAUGUGUCUUCUAGUUUACUAAAAGAUGAAGUUACGUUACAUUUAUUAUCUGUAUUACUAAGUUGAUUAUAUCAAAUUUGUAAUACUACACCAUAAUAGUAAUAAUAUGCAAUAUCUAAUAAUAAUCGAUUCUUCAGCCGGAACAGCAAAACAUCUAUCAAAUAAUCGAAUAUUCUGUGUGUCGAGUUUAAGCUAUGAGUUUGUUAGUCUGUGUAAAAAAUACACGUGUGUGAAUCGCGAAUCUUACGAGUAUAGAAGUGUGUAGUGUAAGGACACAAAAUAUUCAUUGAUAUUAAAUAUUUUCGAUGUGUGUGAGUUUACCUCGUCCCCCUCAAAAAAUUACAAACAAUUUUGUCGGUGAUAUUGCUUGCGGUACAAGUCCAUAUGUAACUGGUCUGAGUAGUAUGCUAUUUCGAUGGCCCAUCGUGUAGAAGCAGCAUUACACUCUGCUUGUAAUGUCUAGGGAGAUUACACCGAAUCGUUGAAUCGAGCUUACAUUUACUUAAUACACUUUUCAUUCCCGAUGAUUGCCAAUUCCAUUACAUGUAUGUAUCAGUGGCGUAACUACAUCAUUUUCAAUUUUGUAUGGGGAAGAAAAAUCUGCGAAAUUUCGAUUAAAUGUAGCUUACGCGACUGGUUAAUAAUUUAGCUUUCCAGCAUGGAAAGAAUUUUUAAAAUCGGUCUAGUACUUUCGAAGCCUUUUGGCAACAAACAAACAAAAAUCAAGUUAGGUACCUCGUUAUACUAAAAGAUUAAUUAUGGAUUUACGACCUCACGGGCUGUGUACCCUUAAAGCCGUGGGCCCUUGGCAAUUUUCCAGCCCUAUCCACCCUAAACCGUAGUUACACCACUGACCAUAGUUUGGCAAGUUCGUUGAUGACACUCCCAUGAUAUGCGGGCGACGGGGGGAAAGACUGCGCGGGCUUGAAAUUGUGCGUGCAGGGAAGUGAGGUGCAUCAGUCGUGGGUUUUUCAUUCAUCGCAACACGGGCCCGGUCCGCGUGGACCAUCGGGAGUGUUACGAACGAAUUAGCCAAGUUAUAGUAUAGUAGAUAUUAAGCAAAUAGCGCGUAUACAUUCAACCUAAAAACUACGUACACCAUAGAUCUAAGAAAUAUCAACUGUGCCGAAUUCUUUAUGUAUUUUUUAUUAUUUAAACUGAAGUGAAAUUAUACCAAAAUAUGGUCUAUGAUUCUAGUCUAACGGAUGCUCAAAUGGACCUUUUACUAUUAAAUAUCUGUGUAAUAUAAAA